GUAGGAACUAAGGAAGAUCACUUAAAAAUCUUCUGCUUAUCUUUCAGUCUUCUUCCUUCCGAGCUCCUUCUCUGGAGGAGAUGCGUCUCUUGUUAUUCUUCUAAUGCUUAAAUCUUCUUGCCAACGAAUUUCACCGCCGAUCAGAUCUCAGAAGGGCCAUUAUUGGAAUUCAAUUCCAUGAUCUGAAUAUUUAGGGUUCUGGUUUCAAUUUUUCUACCGGAGGAUCGGUUCGAGUAAUUGAGAAUGGCGUUGGCGGUAAUCGAGAGCUCCAUCUGGUUGCCGAAUAUUUCGCUCUUUGUCUUCAUUUUCGUUUGCUGUGUCUUCUCCAUUGGCCUGUUACCUAAAGCCUCCAAGAGUAGUCGAUCCGCUGGACCCUUGGACAAUGUCGGUUCUUCUUCCUCCUCCUCUGCUUUCCUCCGGUUCCAGCGCAAGUUUCUGCUCAUCUAUUCUCUAGCCUCAGUCAUGGAAGGGUUGUGGGCGGUGUUUGGAGAAUACGAAUUGUCAUUCCAUGGAGUCAGUAAGGAGGAGAUGGUGACGUCUCUGUGUGUCGGUUAUGUAGCUGCCCUGACUGUUGAUAUGAUAUGCAAUAUGGCUUGCAAGUUAUACUUGAUUCAGAAGUUUUCUGAUGGAAUUCAUUGUUGCUCACUUUACUGUAGUGGUCACAAGAAAGCCUGCUUGAUCUUUUGCACUCUGCAUCUCUUUGUUGGUUUGUGGAAGAAAACUUCACCUCACCCAAGUCUCUGGAUGGCAAGCAUAUGUUUGUCCCUUGCUACCUCAAUAUUUUCCUUCAGUUUUGAGGCCAUGCUUGUGGUCGAAAAUGAGAAGCAAGGAUUCAGGCAAGACACUCUGAGCGACACUUUUUGGCUGAUGACUUUCUUCGAGUCUGUAUCAUUAAUUCUGAGCCAAGUGCUUGCCAAUUGGCUUCUCGGAAGUAAUGUGGGGAAAGAUAUGGUAUCUCCAUCAACUGCAGCCAUCUUUCUAUCAGUGAUGAGCAUCAUCUGUGUCGGCAAUGGCUGGAAGGAAACCCCAAAAGCUACAGUAGCCAAAGAUUAUAAUGUGUCUUAUGCACAUAUUUUCAAAGUUAUUGAUGUCAAUUUACUCUUGCCAGACAAACGGAUAUGGCUCCUGGGAUUUGCACAUGCUUCCCUUCAUUUCUCCGUCGCUAUUUUUUGGAUUUUGUGGGCCCCGACUGUAGUGGCUGAUGGACGAGAAGCGCAUCUAGGUUUGGUUUAUCCUUGCUUGUUGGGUGCAAGAAUGUUGGGAAGCACAAUAUUCCCAUGGCUAUUGACCGGUCCUUCAUCUCUUCGUACUGAGGAUUGUCUCAUAUACGCAUAUAUCCUUCUGGGAAUCUCCUUCUCUGUAAUAGCGUAUGAUUACCAGGAAAUUGCAGUUUUGGUAUCCCUGUUUUGCUUAUUCCAUGCGGUUGUGGGUCUGAUCAUACCUUCUCUUGCAAGAUUGAGGACAAUGCAUGUGCCGAACGAGUUACGUGGAGGGAUGAUCGCACUCUCACUAGCUCCUGCAAAUGCAGGCAUACUUUUUUUGUUGGUGCAAAGAGGAUACUACCAGAGCAUUGAGAACUCGACAAUGAUUGCACUUGCAUCAGUUGGGCUCUUCACAUCAGCUGGUUGCAUGCAUCUGUUGAAGCAGUGGGGGAAGCAACCUUACCAGAACUGGCAUAAGAUGUGAUUCUUCUGGAUGCAUCGUUUUCUAUAUGCUGAAGGACUCGGAACCGAAGUGGGUAUGCUGCAGCUGCUGGCAUCUGGUCUCUUUGCAUUGCAAGGUGGUGAUAUCAAGAAGUGGAGAAAUGGAAUGUUGGAUAGUUCCAAUGCAGAGAAUGACGGAGCAUACUGUUUUUCAGAACUCUUAUACUUUUCGAGGGAGCGACAGUUGAAUCAUGAGUGAACAAGUAGUGGGGGAUUUUCGUUCUUGUGUUUCUGCAGCUAUGAAGAAGGAACAUAGUGAAUGAAUCCAACAUAAACAGGUGCAUGGGAGUGGAUGCCACAAGAUACGGCCUGUUGAAGCUGUAACUUCGGGUUAGAUCAGGAGAUUUUUGUAAUUUAGUUUUCAACUUAUUUUUCAUGGUUGUGUGGAUCAUCUUUUCUGUUGAGAACUAGAGUUGCGGAAGAUAGGAAUAGUUGCCAUAUUGAUUGUAUUUGUAUCUAUUAUUGCCUUUAGGAGCAAAGUUUUGAAUGAUUGCAUUGACUGGGGCCAAAUUUCGCUCCAUAACUUAAACAGAUGGGAUAAAAGAAGGAAAUAACUCUAUCCCAUGGCGAAGGUAAAUCUUUGCUUAACUGAUCAAGA